GGUCCAACACAUAGAGUGAUACUCGUGUUCGACCCUUGGACCUUUGACCGACCCUUGUUCGCAGCUGCGGAGGCAUCUCAUUUGCAGCCCUUGAACGCCGUUCAUGAGCCAGGAGAGAAAAAGACAGGGUGAGUUUUUGCGUAGAACUUGGUUUCUAGGUCCAAGCAUUCGCUUCUGCACUGUUGGGUAUCUUCGUCUUUGUGCGCGCUAGCCCGAAUUUAUAGCUGCGUGCUGUUUGCACGUGUAGUGAAUCGUCAUCAUUUUGUAUUUUUGCGUGCAGUUUGCACGUGUAGUGAAUCGCUAUGUGCAAGCAGCUGCGUGCGUAGUGAAUCGUCCUCAUUUUGUACCUUUUCGACAGCGGACGUGCAUCCCGAGCAGAGCCAGAGCAAGAAGACGAGAAUGGUCAAAGUAGGCAUCAACGGAUUUGGUCGUAUUGGCCGACUGGUCCUGAGGGCUGCCCUGGCAAAGGGAGGCAUGGAAGUGGUUGCCGUUAACGACCCUUUUCUUGAUGUCGAGUACAUGGCGUACCUGUUUAGGUAUGACUCGACCCACGGUCAGUUCAAAGGCACCGUUGAGGUGAAGGACGGGAAACUGGUGGUCAACGGCGUGCCCAUUAUUGUCCACGCCAUCCGUGUACCAGCAGAUAUUCCGUGGGGUGCAAACGGUGCAGAAUAUGUGGUGGAGUCGACUGGUGUCUUCACGACUAUCGAGAAGGCCGGAGGUCACCUGAAGGGCGGGGCCAAGAAGGUCAUAAUCUCGGCACCGUCGGCCGACGCCCCGAUGUUUGUGAUGGGAGUCAAUGAGGAUCAGUACGACAAGUCCAGUCAGGACGUUGUGAGCAAUGCGUCGUGCACCACCAACUGCCUGGCUCCUCUGGCCAAGAUCAUCCACGACAACUUUGAGAUCGUCGAGGGACUCAUGACAACAGUCCAUGCUUACACAGCUACCCAAAAGACAGUGGAUGGUCCGAGUGGAAAGAAAUGGAGGGACGGACGAGGAGCAUGUCAGAAUGUCAUCCCCGCGUCCACUGGAGCUGCAAAGGCAGUCGGGAAAGUCAUCCCAGCUCUUAAUGGGAAGCUGACAGGUAUGGCGUUCAGAGUCCCGGUACCUGACUGCUCUGUGGUUGACCUCACAGUCAGAAUCAAGAAACCUGCCACUUAUGACGAGAUCAAAAAAGUGGUGAAGGCUGCAUCAGAGGACUCUGUGCUCGGACAGUAUGUGGGCUACACUGAAGACCAGGUGGUGUCCAGUGACUUCAUUGGAGACACUCGCUCCACCAUCUUUGACGCUGGAGCAGGCAUUGCUCUCAACGAUAACUUUGUCAAACUAGUCUCCUGGUAUGAUAACGAGUAUGGAUACAGCUGUCGUGUGGUGGAUCUCAUCAACUACAUGGCCAGCAAGUAGUGGAAGUCCAAGAACAAACUCUGCAACAACAACUGGACUAUAAGUGUAUAAAACCUAGUGUUAGCAUCAUUAGUCAGUGUGCUAUGUAUAGAGGUGUGUGUUGUAUUGGUCUCAGAUUUACGUGUAUAGAAUGGGCCGACAUUGUUUAUGGUUGGUUGUGGCGUACAUCUGAAAUGUGCUCAAUGAUGCUAGCUGCAAUGCUCCCUGCAUAAUAAUAGUGCUGUCAUACUUUUUUUUUUAAAGCAACAGUUAUGCAUUCUAUACUAGGUAGUUUUAUCCUUGGGCGCGUAUUU